AUGUUUCAACGUCUACUAUUACAGCCUCAACGUUUAUCCUAUUCAUCAAUAUUUUAUCGUCGAUUUCUAACUGAUGUCAAUUUAGUGAAAAAUCUUUCCUCACCAACAAAAGAUUAUGAUGCUCUAGUGAUUGUAGCUACAGAAUUAGAUCAAAUCAAAGACCAUGUUCAUAGUUCAGUAACAAAAGAUCUUCAAACAUUUACUGAAUUAAACAAAAACUUUGAUAAAGAACCUACACUAUUGAUUAAUGAUAAUGUUCCAGGCAAACGACUUAUUUAUUCACCAACAGGCAAGUUCAAUCGAGAUUAUGAUGAUGUACGUCGUUUUACGGAUGCAGCAUCAUCAGGAAUGAAAAAAGCAUUAUCACUCGGUGCUAAAGCACCUCUCAUAGCAAGUUUUGGUUCAAAACUAUAUCAACAAGCACAUUUAGUAUCCUUACUAUCUGCACUUGAAACAACUUAUGUGCCAUUACAAGUUCGAGAACAUAAACCUGACAAAAAGACUAAAGUUGAACGAUUAGGUGUUUUCAUUGGUCCAACAUCGUUCGAUAGUAGUUAUAGUGAAAAAUUAGUAAACUAUGUUCGAGCUGUUGAAAUGGGACGUUUUGUUGCAAGAGAUAUUGGCGGAGCAGAUCCUGAACGUAUGGCGCCACCACGUGCUGCUGAAUAUGUACAAAAUCUAUUUAAUGAAUCUUCUGGCAUCAAAAUGAAUAUAAUAAAAGAUAAGGAAGAAUUUGAAAAAAAUUUUCCUCUAUUUGCUGCUGUUAACCGAGCAUCAAUCAAUGUUGAGCGCCAUCAGGGUCGAUUAAUUUUUCUUGAAUAUCAAGGCCAAGGUGAUAUUAAUUCAACUCUCCUAGUUGUUGGCAAAGGCGUUACUUAUGAUACAGGUGGUCUUGACAUAAAAACUGGUGGAAAUAUGGUAAGCAUGUCUUAUGAUAAAUGUGGUGCUGCAGAUGUAGCUGGCUUUUUUAAAAUUCUUUCCGAAUUAAAACCAAAACAAUUCAAAGCUAUUGGCGUUAUGGCUUUGACUCGUAAUAAUUGUGGCGAAGAAAGUUAUGCAACAGAUGAAAUUUUAAAAUCAAGAGCUGGUGUAAGUAUUCGUGUUGGAAAUACAGAUGCAGAAGGUCGAUUAGUUAUGGCUGAUUCAUUGUGUUACAUGAAAGAGUUAGCUCUCAAAGAAAUUAAUCCACAAUUGUUUACUAUAGCGACACUAACUGGACAUGCUGCUCGAACAUAUGGAGAUAAAUAUACGGCAGUGAUGGAUAAUGGGCCAGCACGAGACAAUAAGAUAGCUCAAAAACUGCAAGAGAUUGGUGAAGAAGUUGGUGAUCCAUUUGAAGUUUCCACUGUUCGACGAGAAGAUUAUGAUUUUAUUAAAGAUAAAAGUGAAGUAGCUGAUAUAUUACAAUGUAAUUCAAAAUCAAGUAAAGCUACAUCUCGUGGUCAUCAAUAUCCUGCUGCAUUUUUGACUCGAGCAUCUGGUCUUGAUAAACAUGGCCGUGAUUCAGAGAAACCAUUGAGUUAUACGCAUCUUGAUAUUGCUGGCAGUGCUGGAACAUUACCAGAUAUGCCGACUGCUCGUCCUAUACCAGCGUUAUGUCAGAUGUUUGUUGCUAACCGUGUUCUAUAA